GACAGAGGAUACAGAGAUCGUACCACACUAUCCUCGGCCUGUGGAGUUCCAUGUGUCCAGAGUCGCCCAUGUGACUACUCAACACGGUCUGAAAGGCAUUCUGGACGAAGGGGGAUUCAAAGGGAGUGGUGGGGGAUUUAUGGGCCCCUUCGUGUGGUGGGGUCUUGUGAUUGGUCCAGAGGAAAUUGCCAGGGCAGAGGAGCGGUACCUAGACAAGAUUUUCCCUGAUCACACUUAUUUAGAAGAAAUGGGGGCGGAUGAGGAGGAGUCAGAAAAGGAGAAGAAGAGUCAGCAACCUUUCCUGCACUACUUCACCUCCUCCCCUGUGUUCAGGGAUGAGUCUCGCUAUGGAAACUUCCGGUUCUCAUUCUCUCUGGAGGAGGUUCUGCAAGCGUACAGCACUCAGUUCUGUGAUGGAAAGGAGCCCGUCCUUCGAGUGUGGAAGACUAGCGUGUACAAGCAGGCGAUCAUGUACAGUGUGUUGGUCCAUGGCACUGAUGUUGACGACUUUAAUCGCUUCCCCAUACUAGGUGAUAAUGAGGAGGGAGUGUGUGCUUACCACAAUGGGGAGAUUAUCUGGCAGGCUCAGGCCAUCUCGGAAAGUCAUAAAUUUAGGUUGAGGGAAAAAAGACAGGAGAGACAGUGCCAUGCAGAGUCUGUUAGUGUUAAGGUGUAUUACGUGUGGGAUCACGUGGCCCUGGUCUUCCACAUGCCAUUGGAUGAGAAUAAACAGCGGUUGGUGCUGCCUUUUCCUCAGGAGAAGCUUAUUGGCUGCCUGACUGCAUGUGGUGAUGACAAGCCACAGUACAAUCAGCGCAUACUCAUUGGUUAUGACGCAGCAAAGCGCAUAGUGGAUGAGAUAAAAAAAUAA